AUGGUCAAGUUCAAGCUUGUUAAGACUGUGACAUAUGUGGGAAUAAGCCCGGAGUUCCUUGGAAACCCUGGGAGGGCUGUGUCAAAGUAUAUAUCACCCAAGCUAUUGAUAUACUCUCAUAAAAUCAAUGGAGUUCCUCUAUCGUUUGACAUUAAGAAGAUUGGGUGUGCUGAAGCUUCGGUUUGUGAAACAGGAGACGUGAUUACUCCUGUGUCUGUGGAAUACGUGGUGCUCAUGGUGCCAAUUGGUGAAAUGCUAAAUUCCAUAGAAGGAAGAGCGUUUGGCAUCUUCGACACAGAUGUCGAUGGGAACAAGGAAUACACAGGAAACUUCAUAGUCAAAGAAAUAAGACUAAAAUCAAGGUCCUUUUUCACAAUAGUAGGUACACAACCCUGA